AUUGAUUUUCAUAGAUUUUGAUUUUUGUGUGUAGCUGUUAUUGUUUCCAAUUCUUCCAACCCAACCAACCCAACCAACCCACCCCUCUCUCUCGCCAUCCACUCUCCGUUCAAUCGCCGCCACCGUCAACUCUCCUUCUUCCUCCUCAGGUUCUCUUUCUCCCAAAUUACGCCGAUUCUUCCAAUUUCAUCUUCCUUAUCGUAAUUCAAAUCAAUGAAUGAUGCAACACUAUAUACAAUAUUCACGAUUGCUUUCACUUUCGUUUUCAGUCCGUUUUUAUUUCUGGAAUUAUUAUUCUACAUAAGCUGGCGUAUCAAUCCUAGUUGGGAUUUGAAGAAGAUACCAUAAACAUUUCAUUCAUAAAUGGAGCUGAAAGCUUCAUCUCCAAAGCCAGAGUCUGUUGCGCCAUCUGAUUGUGCCAGUGAUCCUGAAGAAACGGAAGUGAGCGAUGACGAUGAUGAUGAUCGGAAUCAUAAGCAUCGGAAGAAGGAAGAUCAUUCUCAAUCAUUAGAGAGAGAUGUUUCAGAUCCUGUAAUUAACAGGCCAUUCAGAAAGCGUAACAAAAAUUUUGGGAAUCAUCAUCCGUUCAGAGAAAACGAAUCUAUGACCUUUGAAACAAUGAAAACUUACAGUGAUGCCACCACAGAUAGAGAUUUUUACUCCAAGUUUGAAAGAAGGCGCCCUGGGAUGACUUCAGUUCCCCGAACACCUUUUGACAUGAGUCAAAGAAUACGACCAAACCAAUCAUUUGCUGGAGAUCCCGGCGCUGGUAGGGGAAGAGGCAGGGAAUCUGGUUUUUGGAAUCAACGUGAAUCUAGGUUCAGCUCAAUGGAUGUUGCUUCACAAAUGGUUCAGCAGGGACCCAUUCAUCCAGCCCUUUAUACUGGACGUGGGUUACCAAAUAUAUCAAAUGCACAAAAUGCAUCUUGGAAUACAUUCGGUUUAAUUCCAGCAGUACCCAAUGGUGGCUUAGACAUGCUUCAUCCAAUGAGUUUACAAGGAACGCUCAGACCACCUAUUAAUUCAUCUAUAAAUGUGAAUAUUCCUCGUCAACGAUGCAGAGAUUUUGAGGAACGUGGAUUUUGCCUUAGAGGGGACAUGUGCCCUAUGGAACAUGGUGUAAAUCGAAUUGUCAUUGAAGAUGUUCAGAGUCUUUCACAGUUCAACCUUCCUGUUUCGCUUACAAGUGCGCAUCUAAAUGGAGCACCUACUGGAUCUGGAUCACUACAUUCAGUAAAUGCUUCAAUGAACAGUAAAUGCAAACCUGGAAUAAUUUCCAAGUCCGUAGUCAGUGAUGUUGGUUUGCCGAUGGAUGGUGCAUAUCCCGGUCCUGGUUGCACAAGUGAAGCUGAUCUUUAUGAUCCAGAUCAACCUCUGUGGAAUGAUAGGGGUCUGGAAUCGUCAAAUGCGCUCCUAAAUAUGCAGUCAUCAAAGAUUGAUGAUGCUGAGCUUAUGUCUAGUGACGCUCCAAAUAGCGUUUGUUCAGCUGAAGCUACCAGAACUUCUGUCAGUUUACAGGGUGCCAGUUCAUCUGUAUGGGGCAGAAUUGGUAGUUCAAAAAAUAAAUUUGACACUAAAGAAAAAUCUAACCCUACAAUGAAUUCUUUUCAUUUUCCUGAUAAUCAAUCAAAGGAAGGGAAUGAUGAAUUAGUAGGUUCUCACAGUGCUUCCAGUCAAGGUAAGCAAACCAUAGCAGAUGAUGCUAUCCCAAGAACCUUUGAAGCAUCUCUGAAGGCACAGAUUGAUAUGCGUAACAUACGUAAACCAUCACAGAAGGCACAGCGUACUCUAUUUGUAAAUGGUAUACCUCAUAAAAGUAACAGGAGGGAGGCUCUUCUUGCUCAUUUUAAGAAGUUUGGGGAAGUUAUUGACAUACACAUUCCGAUGAACACUGAACGAGCUUUUGUCCAAUUCUCCAAGAGGGAAGAGGCUGAAGCUGCUUUGAAGGCACCCGAUGCUGUAAUGGGCAAUCGUUUCAUCAAGCUGUGGUGGGCAAAUCGUGAUUGUAUUCCCAGUGAUAAUACUACUGCUACAAAUGGCAAUGGUGUAAUUGUAACUCCCCGUGGGCAACCACCCACUUCUGUUCCAUCUCAUCCAGUUGUCACUGAUAGGAGAAAAGAUAUCUAUCAACCUGAUGCUUCAAGAACUAUAUUUGAAGGAUCCUCACCUUCUAAUCCAUCAAAGCCGGUCAUUGCAGAUUCACCCAAGGUUCCACCUCCUUUGCAGAAGAAGUUUGAAAACUUGGAGCAUCUAAAGGAAGAACUGCGCAAGAAGCAGGAAAUGCUGGACCAAAAGCGUAACGAGUUCAAGCGCCAGUUGAACAAACUUGAGAAUAAAGCUACAGGACCCAAGGGUGAAGUUACUGAGCCAUCUGCCAAGAGACCCAAAACGAGCAAGACGUCUGAUGUUGCCAAACUGCCGUCUCCUCAAUCGUCUGAUGCUGAUACUGGUAUGCCUUCUCCACAUGCAGAGACAACAGUGGAUAAAAAUAAACAGUUGGUAAAUACUGUUUCCCACAGUCCUAAAGCAAAUACACCAAUGAGACUACAGGAACCUUCAGGCUUGAAGCAGUCGGUUCAACCAUCAGUGCAUGUAAAUAGAUACAAAUUGGAUAAUCGUCCCACUGCAUUUAGAAUCAUCCCACCUUUGCCAGUCGGUCUAGCAAAUGUUGCUGCAUUGAAGGAACACUUCUUACCAUAUGGCGAACUUUCCGCUGUAGAGCUAGAAGAAGUGCAAGUUGAUGAUAGUAGCCAACAAGAGGCACGUCUAAAUUUCACUACUCGUGGAGCGGCUGAGCAGGCAUUUAUAAAAGGUAAAUGCUGGAAAGAACAUAUCCUUAAAUUCAUGUGGGUGACACCUACCAAUUCUGGCAAUGCCACUAUUAGAAGAGAGCGUUCUCUAUCUGCUCCUCCCAGGGAGCCCUUAGAUACAACAGAUGGCAAUUCUGAAGAAAAAUUGCGAAACUCCCAUGAAGCAAAUGUGUCUGAUGAUGAGCAUAAAGAUUCUAAAACUAAAAUUGGAUCGGAGUUUAUGAAAACGGAACAAGAAGAUCUCCAAUGUCCCACCAGUCAAGUUUCUUCUGCCAAACAAUCACCCGAGGACAAUGUCUGUUGAGAGGAUCUGUUGAUGGUCAGAUUUGUACAGUGAGGUAAAAUUUUAAAUCUAUUAAACACUAAUUUUCAGGAGCAUUAUUUCUUUCAAUUUCUAAAGAAUUAUUAUUCCAUUAUCCUUUUGUCAAUGCUCAAGACAUGUAAAGUUCCUUCUGUUUCGCCACCUCUUGUAUUUGGUGGUAUUAGUAGAAUGGUGCAUCAUGCUACUUCUCAGCUUUUGGAUAGUUUCUCUUGUAGGAUAAAUUUUUUGAAGAUCAAAGUUCUGUUAAAAGUCAUUGAACGGUUACUUGACAAAUACUAUCUGGGAACCCCCUUUCCCUUUUUAUGUUUGUAGCAACAGUAGAAAAAUAUAAAUGAAGUGAUUAGUUUAACUCCA